AUGGUGAUAGUAGCCACACCUCGCAUUCUACUAUUUCUUAGUGCGUUAUUAAAUCAAAUCCAAUUUGAUAAAAUUCGAGGAUGCAUUGAGGCUGGAGAAGCUUUACCAAAAAUACUUUUAACUGCAUCAUUUUAUUCUAGUUUGAAAUAUUUGAUAAUCACUGGGAAAGGUGAAGCAAAUAAAGAAUAUCAUGAACGAAGAGCAUCCAAAGAUAAACGGCGACAAUAG